AAGGACUAGAACGAAAAUAAACAUAAUUCUCAGUCUCACCUCUCUCAUAUUUUUUUUUUCUCACUCUCCACUUCCCUAGGAAAUCUGCAUACAAAUUCUUGAACCCAUUAACCAUUUCCGCCGAUUCCAUGAUUUUCCGACACAGUAACCACUAAUUCAAGAAAAAUCCUUACUCGACAUGGGAAAACUUCCGUGCGCACUUCUCUUCUUCCUCCUCUUCACAAACCCCGCAUUCUCUUGGAAAAAGGAGGAGUUCCGGAACUGCGAUCAGACCCCAUUCUGCAAACGCGCCCGAUCCCGACAACCCGGCGCGUGCCCGUUAACCGCCACCGAUGUCUCCAUCUCUGGCGGCGAUCUCGUCGCUAAACUCGUCGCCAAAGAAACCAAUCAAGAAACCCCCACGAAGCCACUUGUUCUCAAGAUAUCCGCCUAUCAAGAUGGGGUAAUGAGGCUCAAGAUCGACGAGGACCCAGAUUUAAACCCUAGGAAGAAACGAUUUGAGGUACCCGAUGUAAUCGUACCAGAAUUUUCCGACAAGAAGCUAUGGCUGCAGAGCUUGAAAGAAGAAGAAGAAGAAAAUUCAGGUUUAAUUUCGGUCGUAUAUUUAUCAGAUGGGUACGAAGGUGUAAUUAGGCACGACCCUUUUGAGGUUUUUGUUAGGGAGAGGGGUGAAAAUGGUAAAAAGGUGCUGUCUUUAAACUCGAACGGCUUGUUCGAUUUCGAACAGAUUAAGGAUAAAAAAGACGAAAACGAGGAUUGGGAAGAGAAAUUCCGAACACACACCGACUCUAGGCCGUACGGGCCGCAGAGCAUCAGCUUCGAUGUGUCGUUUUACGGGGCUGAUUUCGUGUACGGCAUUCCCGAACAUGCCACUAGUUUGGCCCUAAAGCCGACAAGUGGGUCCGGAGUGGAAGCUUCCGAGCCCUAUAGGCUUUUCAAUCUCGAUGUGUUCGAGUACAUUCACGAUUCGCCUUUCGGUUUAUACGGGUCGAUCCCUUUCAUGAUUUCGCAUGGGAAAUCGCGCGGAAGUUCCGGUUUUUUCUGGCUCAAUGCUGCCGAAAUGCAGAUAGACGUUUUCAACGGUAACAAUUCGAACGAAUUCUUGAAGUUGCCUUCCGAUCAGAAGAGGAUCGAUACAUUGUGGAUGAGCGAAGCUGGUGUGGUGGAUGCGUUCUUUUUCGUGGGUCCCGCUCCGAAGGAUGUUGUAAGACAGUACACGAGUGUGACGGGCCCCACCGCUUUGCCGCAGCUGUUUUCCAUUGCUUACCAUCAAUGCAGGUGGAAUUAUAGAGACGAGGAGGAUGUAUAUAAUGUCGACUCGAAAUUCGACGAGCAUGAUAUUCCUUACGAUGUUUUGUGGCUCGAUAUCGAGCAUACGGAUGGGAAGAAGUAUUUCACGUGGGAUAAGAUGCUGUUUCCAAACCCUGAGGAGAUGCAGAAUAAGUUGGCUGCGAAGGGGAGGCGUAUGGUAACUAUUGUGGACCCUCAUAUUAAACGGGACGAUUCGUAUUUUAUCCAUGAGGAGGCUUCGAAGAAGGGCUAUUAUGUGAAGGAUAAAACUGGGAAUGAUUUCGAUGGGUGGUGUUGGCCUGGUUCCUCGUCGUAUUUGGAUAUGGUUGAUCCGAAGAUUAGGUCUUGGUGGGGUGAGAAAUUCUCGUGCAAGAAUUACGUGGGGUCCACUCCGUCUUUGUAUAUCUGGAACGACAUGAACGAACCUUCCGUGUUCAACGGGCCCGAGGUUACGAUGCCGAGAGAUGCGUUACACUACGGAGAUGUAGAGCACAGAGAGUUGCAUAACGCGUACGGCUACUAUUUCCACAUGGCUACAGCUGAGGGGCUUGCUAAACGAGGGAAAGGACAAGAUCGUCCUUUUGUUUUGUCGAGAGCAUUUUUCCCAGGAAGUCAAAGAUACGGAGCCGUUUGGACGGGAGACAACACUGCCGAAUGGGAACACUUGCGUGUUUCCGUUCCCAUGAUUCUCACACUUGGUCUUACGGGAAUGUCCUUUUCUGGGGCUGAUGUUGGGGGUUUCUUCGGUAAUCCCGAUACGGAGUUGUUGAUUCGAUGGUAUCAGUUGGGUGCCUUUUAUCCCUUCUUUAGAGGUCAUGCUCACCACGACACCAAAAGACGUGAGCCUUGGUUAUUCGGAGAACGAAAUACGGAGCUCAUGAGGGAAGCAAUACACGUACGGUACAUGUUACUCCCGUAUUUCUACACAUUAUUCAGAGAGGCGAAUUCCAGUGGGACCCCCGUUGCACGUCCACUCUGGAUGGAAUUUCCGUCCGAUGAAAAGACAUUUAGCAACGACGAGGCGUUUAUGGUCGGAAACAGUCUUUUGGUACAAGGAAUAUACACCCAGGGAGCUAAACACGCGGAGGUGUAUCUACCUGGGGAUCAGCCUUGGUACGACUUUAAAAACGGGAAUUCUUACAAGGGUGGAGAAACGUAUAAGCUCGAUGUUUUAGAAGACAGUGUGCCUUCUUUCAUACGGGGUGGUACUAUACCUAGAAAGGACAGAUUUCGACGUAGCUCUACUCAAAUGGCAAAUGAUCCUUACACUCUGGUUAUAGCUCUAAAUCAAUCCAUGUCAGCAGAAGGAGAGCUAUACAUAGACGACGGUAAAAGCUUCGAAUUCCAGAAAGGCGCGUACAUACACCGCCAUUUCACAUUCUCAAACGGAAAGCUCACUUCCUCGAAUAUGAGGCCUGACGAUACGACAGCUGGCAACGGCAAAUUUGAAACGGAGUCCACUGUGGAGAGAAUAAUACUGUUGGGCUUAUCCAAUGCACCUAAAUACGCCGUUAUUGGACCGGCCAAUCAGAAGGUAGAGAUUGAGAUGGGCCCACUCCUGCUUCGGGGAGGAAGAGGCCUGUCGGUCCCGACUAUUCGCAAGCCUGAUGUAAGGAUUGGUGAUGACUGGACCAUUAAACUUUUGUGAGAAUCUUCUUGAAGGAAGGAAUAUUCCUUUUUCUAGAAUUUUUGAACUCGAGUCACUCUGGACAACAAUUUUUAAUACAGAAGAAUAUUUUGGACCUUUUUUUUGGUUAAUUUUUAGUAUUUAUAGGUUAAAUUCUUCAGUUGGAUUGCAGUUCUUGGUAUUGACAAUUCUUUUCU